AUGGACCACGCAACAACCACGCAACCGAGCACCUCGAGCCACCACCGGGGCUCGUGGGGCUCUACAUCGUCAGCCUUUUCCAACAUCGAAAUGUCUUUCUCCCACGACAGUUGCUAUGGCUCGGAUGAGGUAUCUGUCACAUCGAAUGGUACCACUCCCGGUCAACUGAACUGUUCAACUGCCACCGCGAAGCAAUCCAUCCGCCCUUUCCUGAAAUCGAUCCUCAAAAAUCCCUCUACCGUCUUUGAGUCCGACGAGGAGUCCGACUCGGAAUCGGGUUAUAGCUCGGAUGAAAUCGACUCGGAUUACGAUGCGCUAUCUGAUGAUGAAGAGGACGAUGAUAUGUCCGACUUCUCAGUCUGGGAUGGCGAAGCAUCUCAAGAAGUUCCUGAAACGCAUGAAGAUCAUACAGAGUUUUUCGAUGAUGCAUUCAUCUCCUUCGAGGAAAAUUCCGUGCGCUUUGCCCCUGAUGUGCAGUACAUUGACAGCACGGAAGUAUCGGAUGACGAAGAUGGUCACCAAAUGACCUGUCAUGAGAUGAUGUUGCUUGCACGUAACACCAGCGGUACCCAAACCCUUCUGGAUCAGCUCGACAAGAUGGACAUUCAAGAUGAAGAGGACGAAGAACAAGAAUGUCACAAAGAGUAUGUUCGCAAACCCGUCACUCAACCAGAGGAGUUCUCGCGGGAUGCUGUCGAUCUUGAUCGCAGUCUCUUCCUCGCUUACAUCAAUGGUAUCCAUGGUGUCACCAACAAGACAUAUGAGAAACAGUAUGAGACCUACCUCCGGUCUCAUGUUGACCACAUUCGCCUCGGCAAGGACACCGAUGGUAUGAAUCUCGACGAUGCCCCUGCGCUUUAUUUUGACACCAUCUCGAGUCAUGUCAUCGGCACUUUCCGCAAUCUUCUCGCCGAUGAUGAGUGGAACGAGUUGAUUUCCCUUCGCGCGGAAGAGCAGGUUGACAAAAAUGGCGCAAACGCGUGUUCGCUCGACUUGGAACACCAUCAAGCCCUCUUGACCAAGAUCGAAAAGUUCCUUCUGGAAAGGCUCAUGGAUGGUCUCGUCGACGUCGCUCCUGAGGAGUUGACGCUCUUUGCUGGUAGCAUCGUAUCUGAGCUCGAUACUAAAACAAUGCCCGCACUGCCUCAAGGCGCUAGUGCAUAA